GAUUUAAGCAGUGUGAUGAUGACAGCCUGUUCACACCGACUGUUGUCAACUUUUACAGAGUUGGACAGCUGCAACGUUGGCGGUGAAAGUGCCGUCUAUUUGGACAGAUAUGAACCCUGACGUUGACUACGGAGCUUCCGGGAGCAGCGGGAACGGAAAGUUGCGACAGUGGCUGAUUGAACAGGUGGAUUGUGGGAAAUAUGCCGGGUUGGUGUGGGAGAAUGAUGAGAAAACCAUCUUCAGGAUACCAUGGAAACACGCCGGCAAACAGGACUACAACCGUGAUGAGGACGCCGCGCUUUUCAAGGCCUGGGCCUUGUUUAAAGGGAAGUAUCGUGAGGGAAUCGAUAAGCCGGACCCGCCGACCUGGAAGACACGUCUCCGCUGUGCGCUCAACAAGAGCAAUGACUUUGAGGAGCUUGUGGAGCGCAGCCAGCUGGACAUCUCAGACCCUUACAAAGUAUACCACAUCAUUCCAGAGGGUGCCAAGAAAAGAGCCAGAGAAGAGGACAGUCCUUUGAGUCCCAAGAGCUAUCCAGUGCACCAUGCUUACCCUGCCCUGCAGACUCAGAUGCCACAGUACAUUCCUCCUCCAGAAUGCAGCUGGAGAGACUUCAGUCAGGAGCAGACCUCCUUGUCAGAACUGCCUUUUACACAGUGCCCUUGUCCCCCCAGAAGCCUGCAAUGGCAGGUCCCUCCCAUGGAUAAUGGAUACCAAUUUCGAGCCUCAAUUUAUUCCUAUGGUCCAGCUGACGGCCAGCCUUCGCCAUUUAGCCUGGAUGCCAGCAUCAGAUCAGCAGAAGCACUCCCAGAUGCACGCCUCCAUAUCAGUGUGUAUUUCCGGGACACUCUGGUGAAGGAAGUGACUACCUCCAGCCCAGAAGGGUGUCACAUAACUCCAGGCUCCCCAGAGGAUAAGCACUAUGUGUCGGCAGGAGGCCAUGAUGUGGUGCCCCUGCCAGUGGAAACCCUCUUAGCGCAGAGGAGAGCGGAUGAGCGUGCCCCAAGUCCUUUGUCCUCCUUGGAGAGAGGUGUGCUGUGUUGGAUGGCCCCAGAUGGACUGUACGCUCGGCGGCUGUGUGAGAGCAGAGUGUACUGGCAGGCGGGGUCGACGCCCUAUGGAGACAAGCCUAAAAAGCUUGAGAGAGAGGUCACCUGUAAACUCCUUCACACACAGGAUUACCUCACAGAAAUCCAGACGUACGGGCUACAUGGUCGACCACCAAGUCGUUUCCAGGUUCUGCUGAGUUUCGGAGAGGAGUGUUUUGACCCCCACAGACAGAGAGCAGCCCUCACUGUUGAGGUGGAGCCCCUGUUUGCCAGGCAGCUCUUCUUCUACUCCCAGCAAACCACUGGACAUUUCUACCACAGCUAUGAGCAGACAGGACUCACAGAACACUUCAGCUUCUCUGAGGACCUCCACAGGGCCAUCACACAGCAUCACAGCCUGCAAGAGUGACCUGAGCACCUUCACAGAAGACCAGGCAAGGAUUUGUAUUUUAUGACAAUAUUCUCAGGACACAAUUCAAGAUGGGUGACUUGAACUCUCACCACGAUACAGAUUGUACUGUUUUUUUUUUUUUUAAGAAAUGCAGUGAAACCUUGUCUUGUUUACAAUUAGAAACUGACCAUAAUAUACCUCAAGAGCCAUGCAAUAACAAAAUUGAUCAUCAUGCAUGAAGUCAUGUGAGAUUUCUCACAAAAUCUGAGGAUAUACAUAAAGGAUUAACCUCUUAAGUGUAGUUAACGUUUUCAUUGGCUUUAUUUUGACUGUGUGUAUUUUUUGUGAGGCUACCAGUUAUUGGAAGGAAACAAGGAAAAGUAUGAUAAUGAUGAUGAUCAUAUCGCAAACUAUUUAUGAUAGCUGCCACAGAAGACACAAUCAGUACAACUCCAAAUAAGACUAGAAAUAAUCCAUAGUGUGUGGUUUUCUCUGGGUACUCUGGCUUUCUCAAACAUCCCCAAAAUCCUUAUUAGGUUGAUUGGAGGGUGUCAUUUGUUCAUACUGUAGGUGUAAAUGUGUGAAUGGUUGUUUAUAUACAGACACGAUGUGUGCCCCCCAAAUGACUGGCAAGUGUCCAGAGUCUACCAUAGCUCUCGCUUGAAGUCGGCUGGUGGAUUGAUAGAUAAUAUCCACUAAACCAAUCUAACUUUGUCACACGGUGGAUUAGUGUUUGGCAUGUAAGCCACACAGUCAUGAGAUCUGGAAAAUCUGGGUUCAAAUCUAUGUUAGACAGCUCUGUGUGGAGUUUGUAUGUUUUCCCCGCGUGCACGUGGGUUUUAUACGAUACUUCGGUUUCCUCCCACAUUCCAAAACCAUGCUAGGCUAAUUGGUGACUCCAAAUUGUCCAUAGGUAUGAAUGUGAGUGUGAAUGGUUGUUUGUCUAUAUGUGCCCUGUGUUUGGCUGGCGACCAGUCCAGGGUGUACCCCGCCUCCUACCCAAAGUCAGGUGGGAUAGAGUCUAGCAUACCCCAGCGAGACUAGUCGGGAUUAAGCGGCAUAGAAAAUUGAUGCAUAUUUGUAUGCAAACUGAAAGUAAUAUUAAAAAAAUAUCCUAUUCAAAUGUGUCUGAAUGUAUGAAACCAUUUUGCAAUUAUUUGCUUAUUAUGGCCAACUGUCCUUUGUAUGAAUGUACAAUAUAUAGAGUAUGUAUGUAUGUAGAGGCUUUGUGCAUGCAUGUAUUGCUAGUUUGGAAGUUCACCUCAUUUAGUACUACAUAUUUGUAUAUAUUUGCCACUGAAAUGUAAUGGUCAGCAAGUCAGGCUGCAGUAAUAAAUUGACAAUCUGGUAUACAUUUUUAAGUAAAAGUAAAACAAAAUAAAAAAAAAAAUAUUGAUGUGAAGACCAUCAUUAAGGACAAAGAUCGUAUUGUCGUCUACCCGGAUCUUGUAAGAAUAUCAAGGAUGUGUUUGAACAAACAGGCCACCCCAAAACAAUAUCAGAAACCCAACCUCUCUGCACCAAACUCUUUAACACUGCCGGGUGACUACAGUAUCCUUGAGCAUCUUAAAGGAUGUGCCUGUCUGAAAGCAACAGUAAUAAGUAAGCAGUUUAGUGGUCUUAUGAUAUGGAAUGGUUUGUAGUGCUUUGGCUGAAAGACGAGGAUCAAUGUUUCUCCUGCUACUUCCUCCUCCUAAUAAGCUACAGGAAU